CUGUGGGUGAUGGCGGACAGAGGGCGGGUGGAUGAAUACUCCGGGUGGCCGAGGCAGAAAGAAGAAGGGACCGGUGCGAGUACCGCCCGACGGCACCAGCGACAGACUCUCGCUUCACAAGCGAAACCUUUACUACUUUGCGUACCCUCUGAUUGCUGUGUUCAGCUUCCUGCGCUUCCUGGCCUUCCACCUUUGGCUGUUCUUCGCCUACGUCUGCCAGCGUCUGGCCGCGAUGGCAUCGCGCAAGGCAGCCCCGUCCAUCACCACGGCGGAACCCGAGCAAAUCCGCCAGUCCCACAAACUGGCGUUCGACUACAUCUCCACCGCUCUCAAAAUAGACGAGGACGACAAAGGACAGAAGGAAAAAGCUGUAGAAUGGUAUAAGAAGGGGAUUGCAGAACUGGAGCAUGGGAUUGCAAUCCAGAUUUCUGGAUCAGGUAAGGCAGGUGAGCAGAUUGAACGAGCCAGGCGCCUACAGAGCAAAAUGACAACCAACUUGAUUAUGGCCAAGGAUCGUCUGGAAUUGCUGGAGCAGAUGCUAGCAUGCGCGAGGUUUUCCAAGCCCGAGAGGGAGGUGUGUAGAGACAACUCGGGCCCGCCGUGCCCUAGUGCACGGAUCCAGUCAGAAAGUGGAGCUGUCCCAAAGAAAAAGGAUCCUUUGACCCACACAAGUAAUUCCCUACCCCGCUCCAAGUACACAGCAAAAAUCACUUCCCCAGGGCAACGUGGUCACCAGAGGGCCCAGAGCCAUAGUGGAAUCUCCAACGGUACUGGAAGUUCACGAAUGCCAGCCCAACCCAGUACCUCUACUGCUAAGGCUACAAGUACAAAAAGUACCAUCAGACCAAACAAACCGACCACUCCUAGUGCAACUCCUCGAAAGAAGAUGGAUUUGAAAAAUUUUCGAAAUGUCGAUAGCAAGCUGGCAAAUGUAAUUCUGAAUGAAGUUGUGGACAGUGCACCAUCUGUCCGUUUUGAAGAUAUUGCUGGGCAAGAGCUGGCAAAACAAGCAUUGCAAGAGAUUGUCAUUCUUCCAUCUCUUAGGCCUGAGUUAUUCACUGGACUUAGAGCUCCUGCUCGGGGAUUGUUACUAUUUGGCCCACCAGGGAAUGGGAAGACAAUGCUGGCCAAAGCUGUCGCCUCCGAAUCCAAUGCAACAUUCUUCAAUAUCAGUGCUGCAAGUCUAACCUCCAAAUAUGUUGGAGAGGGAGAAAAGUUGGUGAGAGCUCUCUUUUCAGCAGCACGAGAGCUUCAGCCAUCCAUCAUUUUCAUUGAUGAAAUAGAUAGCCUUCUUUGUGAGAGACGAGAAGGAGAGCAUGAUGCAAGCAGACGCUUAAAAACAGAGUUUUUAAUAGAAUUUGAUGGGGUGCAGUCCAGUGGGGAUGACAGAGUUUUAGUAAUGGGGGCAACAAAUAGACCGCAGGAGCUAGAUGAGGCUGUCCUUCGACGUUUUACAAAGAGGGUGUUCGUCUCACUACCAAAUGAGAAAACACGGCUGUUGCUGAUUACAAAUCUUUUGGCCAAACAUGGGAAUCCACUAAGUCGAAAGGACCUUGAACAUCUGGCCAAGCAGACAGAAGGAUAUUCAGGGAGUGACUUGACUGCAUUAGCGAAGGAUGCAGCACUGGGUCCAAUUCGAGAGCUAAAGCCAGAAGAAGUGAGAAAUAUGGCUGCUAGUGAGGUGAGAAAGAUCAGACUGUCAGACUUUGAAGAUUCACGUAGGAAGAUCAAGCGCAGUGUCGGCCCUCAGACUCUAGAGGGGUACAAACGCUGGAAUGAGGAAUACGGAGACACUGCUGUUAAUUCAUGACGUGUCAAACCAGGACAGGCUCUGAUCACUGCUGUAAGGAACUCUCCUUGAUCAGAGUGCUACAUCAGUUGUUAAUACCAACUGGCAUGCACCACCUCCGGCCUUCCACAGGGCAUCCAGAGUUGUUUCAUCACAGAUUCUAAUAUAGAAUCAGGAAUGCUAAAACUGAUGGGACAAGUUUACAAAAUGAAAUCCUUUCUAUCAACGUGCUAUAUCCUUUUUAAAAUUGACUUUCAGGAAACUUUGUACCUCUGGAUCUGGGACCAGCUGGUUGUCAGUGAAGGUGGAAUUUAGGCUCUAGCAAUGGAUAAAAAUAUUUAAUGAUUUUGUAUAUUUUGUUUCUGGUGUAAACAAGUCGGUCCCUGGUCAGAGUAUACAUGGUAGAAGCACAACAGUAGGAAGAUUUGUGCCUUAAGUUUGCAGUACAUUUGCUUACCCUAGUGUGUUUGGUCCUUUAGCUCUCCAUGCCUAAUCUGUUCUGUUAGGCAUGUCCGCAUAAUUCAUUCCUGACAUUAUUCCACCUGUUCAGCAGUGCCAAAUAAGUUGAUAGUUGUGCACUUGGAAAUGGAUUCUUUGAAAGAAGACCAUUUGCAGUGCUUGCCAGAUGUUGGUAGUGUUUCUUCCCCCUAAUAUCAAGUAGCUGGUCUCUUGAUUUUAUAACAAAUCCGCCAAUCAUUUUGCUUCAGUGGUUAAAUAUUUCAGUGCAGCCUUUUAUGGUAGUCUUGGUACAAAAGCCAAACAGGUUUUUGAGGAAUAUUAAAAUAUGGAUGUGUUUGAACUUCCAGUUUAGUGUGUCACUUGCCUAUCAUGUGUGAUGAACAGUGUUAUUGAUAAAAUCAGUAUAUUCAAACUAAUAAUUCACUUAGUCUUCUGAAUAACUUUUCUUCACACCAGUGAAUCCAGGGCUUGAGUGAGUUAAGUGAUCCUAACAGAUUUUUGCAAUCUUGAGGCAAAGACACUGUCCCUAUCUUUUAUGUAAAUACAUAGCUUGAUAUGACUAUCUUGUAAUUUGCAGUGAGCAAUUCCACAGGAAAUUUGGCAGACAUUCUUUUAAAAAAAACAGUGUAUUUCCUGCCCAUUGCAUUUCUGUGCCGUGUUCAAAUUGCUGUCUCAAUUCGGCUUAAAGUGUAUAUAAAGAAACCACCAGAAAAAUUGUCUGUUUCCUUUUAAACUAUUCAGAAUGAAUCAGUCUUGUCUUGUUUUUAAAUAAGUAUUCUGAAGACUACUUAUUUGCGAGCCAUUAUGUUUAUAUUACCUGGAAGGUCACUUGGUCAAUGCCCCUAAUCAAAUAACAGCCUUUCUGUUCAGUCUUGCUGAAUGUAAUGCUCCAGCUAUUACACUUUUGUUAAUAGAAAUUACAUUGUACUUGUCUUUCAAUAGUAAGUGUACUUCAAAAAGCACUUCAUUGACUGGAGAUUGCUUUGCUUGGGUUGUCCUGUGAUAGUGAAAGGUAUUAUAAACUGGAGGCUUUCUCUCCUAGAGGGAGGCAUUACCCUUAAGCUUAAAAUAUGCAUGCCUAGUCAUAUGACAGUUCCCUGGGUUUGACCAUUUAGCAGGCUAUCUACUUCAUUCUUGAACAUCCCUUAGUGAUCCUAUGGUGAAGCAUUAACGAGAUUAUCAGAAACCACUAUGGCCUUCCCUUAAACAUUAGCACGACAAAUGUAGUUAAUAAGUGGAAAAAUAUUAAUUCUGCAAAUUUAGUUGCACCUGUGAAUGGUUGGGGAUCAUGAUCGAGAUUAUAUCUGAGCUAAGCUGGAAGGUUUGUGAAUUUUUUUGUCGAGUAGGCUUACAGGUUUAAAUGACCUUUGUACCAAUUCUACCUUGCAAAAUGCCUGUGUAUUUCUUAAAUCAUCAACUAUUUGCUUGUACCUUAAUUUAUGCAGUACUCAGUUGGUCCCUUUACUGUGUAACAUCAGACCAAACCAUUUCAAGGGCCCUUUUUAUAAGCAUUGAAAGCUCUUGUGCUGCAGACUGUUUGAAUGCAGGACCCAAAGGCACUGAGAGUGAAUGCUGAGCUGAGAUGAAAAGUGUCCUAGAAUUCAGAACACUGAAAUAUUAAACAGCCUGAAGAUAAACACCAUGUACUUUUCAGUUUAAUCUGUGGUUUGAAACUGUAGCUCUCUUCCAUUGAAAAUUUGUGCAGCAGUGAGCUUGCAAACUGCAACCCUACACUGCUGGAGUUCUUGUCAAUAACUUGCAAAAAGCAAUUAACUAACUUGUGGGUUCUUUCUAACUUUGAUAAUUUUUUGAUGACGUUUUAACAGAUUUGUACAUCAUUGAAUGAAAUUUGCCGAGUGAGGAAUUUAAAUGUGAGUGUAGUGUUCAGUAGUAGGCAAAAUUCAGUUUGUUUUAUUUAAGCACUUGUCAUUUCAGUGCCCUGGUACUGCUGAAACCAGUAUAAGGAAAAGUGAUAUGUCCCAGUUCGUAAAUGUGGUAUUUUGGCAAUUUUACUUUAUUUUUUGUAUUCAUGUGCAUGAACAAUUUAUUUUGAUCCAUUGUUUCCUUAUGUCUAAUAUAUUGAGAAAUAAAAGUUUUGGUUCAAUGUU